CACACAGAGCUCUGUGAGUGUGUCUCCAUCACCCCCCCAGUCCUCCGCCUGGUCCCCUGAGAUCUAACCAUUGUCCCCCAGGCAUUAACAGCAUGUUGCCCUACACACGUCGUAUUGUCUCAGCAAGCUCUCUGAUUGGCUGAGAGUGUGAGAAACUCCAGUCAGACCCAAACCCACACAUUCAUAUGGAGAUGUGGGACUAUAAAUAGGAGGGAUGAAGCCAGCAGAGGUCAGAUUCUCUUGACAGAGACCUCUGCAGCACACAGAUCCAGACAUGGCUCCUACAAUCACUGCAGCAAUUACCAACUCUCAGGAGCACCUCACUCUGACUCACAAGCUCAGAAAGCCUCUGGUGGAGAAGUUACGCAGAGAGCGAAUCAACAGCAGCAUUGAGCAGCUCAAGUCUCUCCUGGGUCCAGAGUUCCUCAAACAGGAGCCAGACUCCAAGCUGGAGAAAGCAGACAUUCUGGAGAUGACAGUUUGUGUCCUGAGACGACUGCAGCAGCAGAGCCAGCAGCAGAAGCAUGCCGACUUCUCUCCUCUGAACUCCACAGUCCAGACCAGCAUCAGCAAAGAGAAGAGUCCAGGCAACAGCGCCCCCUGGAGGCCGUGGUAGACUAUUACAGACUGGAGACAAACUGAGAUGACCACACUGGUCAAAUAUUAACAGAAUGAUUUCUAUGAGAUUUGUUUUGAGAGCUCCUUCUGUUUGUACAGAAAGCUGCAUUUUGUUGUGUUCUUAAAGAAAUGUCUGAAAAGUUUUCUUUUAUGUUUCUAAGGAGAACAUAUUUUCAUGCAUGUUGUGUGAUUUUAAUGUGAAUGCAUCUGCAAUCUUUAUAUAGCUCACUGAUCUCACUGGUGUUGCUGAAAUUACCUUUAAACUCUGAGAGGAGUUAAACUGACUGAACGUUUAUCCUUUUAUUUUGAAAGGUUUCGAUGAUGUCACAUUUUUCCUGUGAUACUUUUUCAUGUCAUGAAUUCAUGAUAUAGAGACACUGAUCGUUUUAUUCCUCCUUUUUUGGAUAUGUUAUCCUCUCUCUCACUUUCCGUAAUUGUUGAUGAAUUAUCUGUUUUUAGAUCAACGUGUUUUCCUUUCAUUAAAAGGUUUGAUUUAUAUCACUCAGUCACGAUUUCCAGUGACUGUCAUGUGUUUUAAAAUGAACAUUUGUGUUGUAAGCAGUUGUUAAUCUGCCGUCAUCUCUCUGAUCUAAGGUCGGGAAUAGAUGUUAUGCUUUUUUUUCUAAUGAUUUUGUUUGAAAUUUGCUCUGAAUAAGCAGACUCUGAACCUUGUCUUUUAAAAAGACGACCUAACUUCACUGAAAAAGAUCUUGAAGGCAUCUUUGAGUUGUUGUUGUUGUGAUGUAUCAUCAUCUGAAGUCAGAGCUAUUAAUGAGCCAUGUGGCUCAUUGUGCCUUUGUGAAUAAACAAACUCAGCUUGCUGCAAA